AUGGCCCAAGCGACAACGUUAUGCCAACCGUCGACUAGUUUGCAGCUGACUGUUAGCGCAAAAAACCUCAAGAAUCGCGAUCUACUCUCCAAAAGCGACCCGCAAUGCAUUUUCUUCCAACAAGAAGGCAGACUUAGCGGAAGGCCAGAAUGGAAAGAAAAGGGCCGCACCGAGAAAAUCGACAACUGCCUGAGCCCCGAGUUCAACAAGCGCCUCAACAUUGACUACUUCUUCGAGGAGCGCCAGUUUUUGCGCUUUGAAUUGUAUGACCUCGACAGUAAUGUGGCCGAUCUCUCGCAACACGACUUCCUAGGUCGUUUCGACUGCGAGCUCGCAGAAAUCGUGUCGGCCGUCGAUGGCGUGUUAACCGGAAAUUUGACUGGCCUUCGCGGAAAAUGCGGCACAAUCACAAUCUCUUCAGAAGAGAUGGAAGAUGGAGCCAAGGAAAUUGUUCAAUUUAACUUGUCUGGCCGGCACCUCGACAAGAAGGAUCUUUUCGGCAAAAGCGACCCGUUUUUAAAUAUUUAUCGGAUGCGCGGAGAUGGAAGCCGUCAAUUGGCGCAUCGUACCGAGGUGAUAAAAAAGACGCUGAACCCCGAUUGGAAGGUUUUCGACGUGAACAGCAAGCUUCUUUGCGGCGGCGACAGAAAUGCUCCAAUCCUCAUCGACUGCUACGACCACGACUUUGACGGCGGUCACGACUACAUCGGAAGUUGCCAGACGACCUUGGAGCGAUUGUUAAGCCGCCAGGACAAGGAACUUCCGUUGAUAAGCGAGAAAAAGAAGGCCAAAAAGGGCGCCAAGUACAAGGACUCCGGCGCGCUACUUUUUAACGCUGUCCACAUCUACCGCGAGAACUCGUUCUUGGACUUUAUUCAUGGAGGAACCCAGCUCGAUUUCGCGCUCGCCAUCGAUUUCACGGCUUCAAAUGGCCCGGUGCACGACCCGACGUCGUUGCAUUAUUUGAAUCCGGCCAUCCCCAACCAAUACGAAGUGGCCCUCCGCGCCUGCCUCGACAUUUGCCAACACUACAACCACAGCAAACGUUUCGACGCCUUCGGUUUUGGAGCCAAAGUCCCGCCCAACGAGCGUGUGUCGCCAAUCUUUAAUUUGAACUUCCAACAGCACCCCUCGGUCGUCGGGGUCAACGGUGUAAUGUCAGCUUAUCGGCACUCGUUGAAUCAGGUUCGCCUCUACGGCCCUACAAACUUCUCGCCGGUCAUCGAAGAAGUGGCAAGACAUGCGGCCGCGAUUCCGAGAGAUGGCAGUAGAUAUCAGGUGCUCCUCAUCAUCACUGAUGGCGCCAUCUCGGACAUGGCCAAAACGAAGGCGGCCAUCGUUUCGGCCAGCUCCCUCCCGCUGUCGAUCAUCAUCGUCGGCGUCGGCAACGAGCAGUUCGAGGCGAUGGACGAGCUCGACUCGGACAACGUGAUGCUCUCACAUGCCGGAAGAUUUGCCGCUCGGGAUAUUGUUCAGUUCGUGCCGAUCCGCAACUUCCUCUCCCCGCACGCCGGCCAAAAUCCAUUGGAAGCCGAUCGAGCAAUGGGCCUUCUCGCUAAGGAAGUACUCGCCGAAGUUCCCGGCCAAGUGACCGGCUACAUGAAGAUGCACAAAAUCCAGCCACGGCCCACCGACAACCCGUUCCCAAGGGAUGCCCCUGCAGAAGAACUGGCUCCGGCCUACCCCGCGAUGCCAAAUGCUGCGGCUCCGGGAGGCCAGCCCGGAGCUCCAUAUCCUCCUCCAGGACCUCCGUCGGGUGGCCAGCACGCUGCCGCUCCAUACCCUCAACAAGGCCCGCCACCGCCAAGCUGGGGCCAUCAACAGUCCUUUGAUGCUCAUGCUACGCAAGCUGCCCCGUAUCCGCAGUACCCACAGUACCCACCGCAGUAUCCGCAGCAACCUAAUAGCUGGCAACCACCGAACUACCCGCCACAACAAUCAUAUCCCGGUGCUCCUCCACCUUCCGGCCAUCCUCCCUACUCCACGCAACAACCUCCGUACACCCCUCCGCCACAAUAUAACGCCUCCGCCCCGCCCGUCGAUGCCCUCAACCAGAUGCACAUCAACCGC